AUGAGUGAUACUGAUUUCGAUCUUCCCUCCGAGGACGAAGAAGCGCUCGCAGCGGCUACAGCUGACGUCGUGACCGGAAAGCGCAGCUUUGAAAGGGACAACGACCAUACAACGAAUCCUUCUAAACGAUCGAAAAUUGGGGAGACGCCAAAUACAACGCCAUCGCCUAAUAGGAUACUGGCCAACAAGAUUCUCAAGGAACGUUUCGGGCUCAAUGGCUUUCGGCUUGAGCAGGAGGCCGCGAUUACACACCUACUCAACGGUGAUAGUGCAGUAGUCGUCUUUCCUACUGGUGGCGGCAAGAGUCUUUGCUAUCAAGUCCCUGCUGUGGCAUUUAGGUAUCAAGAUCAGGAACUAGGUCGCCGGUCGUCGGGACAGAGCGGCGUUACCCUUGUCAUCUCGCCUCUCAUCGCGUUGAUGAAAGACCAAGUCGAUGCCCUUUUGCGCCGUGGCAUCAACGCCGCAGUGCUAAAUUCCUCGGUUACGAGAGAUCAGUAUCUUGCCGCCCAAGAUGAUCUGAGGAAUGGCCGCUUAGAUUUGAUCUAUUGCGCCCCGGAGCGUCUGAACAGCGAGGGCUUCAUUGCAUCCCUCAAAGACAUUCCUGGUGGUAUUCGUCUGCUUGCUGUCGAUGAGGCCCAUUGUAUCUCCGAAUGGGGCCACUCUUUUCGCCCCGACUACCUGAAGAUCGCUCGGUUUGCAAAAGAGGCCAAGGUUGAGAGAAUCGUGUGCUUGACGGCUACGGCUACGUUAAAAGUCGCUGAAGACAUCCGGAAUGCCUUUUCGAUACCCAAGAACGGCUUGUUCAGAACCACAAUGUAUCGGCCUAACCUACGUCUACUUGCCGAGGCAAAUUCGAAUGACACCGAUUACAAGGCUAAGCUUGUUGCCCAUGUCAGAAAGUAUCCUGGUCCUACGAUUGUCUACGUCACACUCCAAAAGGGCGCAGAGAUCUUGGCUGCAGACCUCAAGAGCCGAGGAUUCCAUGCGAAACCAUACCAUGCAGGCAUGACUCCGCAGGUCCGUACGAAGACGCAAGAUGAGUUCCUAGCUAGCCGCGAUAUGAUUGUCGUCGCCACUAUCGCAUUCGGUAUGGGGAUUGACAAACCAGACAUCAGGAGUAUCGUUCAUUUCGACAUCCCAGAUAGUAUUGAAUCUUACAGCCAGCAAAUUGGCAGAGCUGGUCGUGACGGGAAGCCAAGUGUCUGCAUGUUCUAUCUUGCGACCAAAGAUUUCUAUCUGCGGAACAUCUUCACCUACGGUGAUCGACCGUCGCUGUGCUCGCUUAGGUUACUACUGAAGGACCUAUGUUCGCCAGAUCGCGCGCGACUCCAAGCUGGCGAUACAUUCACGCUAUCCCUAUACACUCAAUCUCGUGAGGUCGACAUAAAACCCACUGUUUUAGGCAUCAUCUACGCUCAAAUGGAACUACACUUCGGGCUUUUCCGCGCUGCUGGCGCAAUGUACAACAAGUACAAGUAUAUCAUCAAAGAUCCGAACAUUGUACUGAACGACGCUUCCCCGGCGGCAUCGUCGAUCCUCAAGGCCUCUGUGAAAAGUAGCAAGUGGACUCACAUUGCGCUUGACGAGCUUGCAAACUCUUCAGGCAUUGCUCGAUCAGACCUGGUGCGUAAAGUGGACGAAUGGAACGAGCGCGAUGCGAUUCAGCUUGAGAAAGAGGGAGUUCAGAACAUCUUUCGCCUCGAACGACCUUUACCCUCAUCACCCCAAGAAGUCGAGGAUAUCAUCAGGCAGGUUGAUGAGAGCAUGGAAGCCACAGAACAUCAGAACCUGGCACGCACUAGGGCGCUUCUCAAUCUCAUCACAGACAGCAAGUGCUUUGCAAGUGCGAUCGGCGCCUAUUUUGGCGACUCCUCAGACAGCUUAUCAGAAGAGUGUGGGCAUUGCAGCUGGUGCGAGACGCACAAAAAGGUCGUUCUACCAGACGAACCACCGCAGCCGCCGGACCCUACCAAGGUCAAGAGAAUCUUGGAUAAGAUCACCGUACGCGACGAUCCUAGAUUUCUUGCUAAAAUAGCAUUUGGCAUCAAGAGUCCCCGGAUUACGGCACUAAAAGUUGUCCAGACCGGCGUGUUCGAGUCUAUGAACGUCUGCGAUUUUGUAGAGCUGCUGAAAGUCUUCACUGUGGCCUGUGACACGGACAAUGCGAAGGCUUGA